UCGCUAGGAUGCCAAAAAGAAAAAUAAAAAAUAUCAAAUCUUUGGAGGUUGAUGAUAAAAUAAACGUGAGAGUAUUAAGAAAUCGACCUGUCACAGUCCAAGAUAAUAAAUUACCAUCAGCAAAGAAAAAAUGUAUUGACAAAGAUAAUGAAAAAUCUGUGAUUAAAAUUAAAAAUAAUCAACAUCACAAUGAGUCUAAUCAUAGUUAUAGUAGUAAGACUAAUAACAAUAAUAAUAAAAGCAACAACAAUAAUAAUAAUAAUAAUAAUAAUAAUAAUUGUAAAAAUUUGAAUGCUAUAAAAUUUUCUGAAGAUUCUGAUAUUCAUUGUAGUGAUAGUAAAAGUUUAAACAAAACUGGCAAGAAAAAACAAGCAGAUGAACUAACAAAAAAGAAAGUUAAAAAUCUACAAUCUUUUGAUUUAAGACGUGGUCCCCAACAUGAUUUACCACCUUGUAGUGACGAGAUUGAUUUUUUCCAACUAUUUGUUACUGAAGAAUUUUAUAAAAUUCUAGCUACUGAGACAAAUAAUUACGCUCUUCACUGUCAACAAAUCAAUGGAAUUGAUUUGUAUUGGAAAGAAACUAGUCCCAAAGAGAUGAAAACUUAUAUUGCAAUAAAUAUAUACAUGGGAAUAGUGCAAUUGCCAGAAUUAGCUAUGUAUUUUAGAGGCGACUUCGUAAAUUGUCAAAAAAUAAAAAAUACAAAGAUGACUUUUUCAAGAUUCCAAAAACUAAAUCAAUACUUACACUUGAGUGAUGCAGAUGGAAAAGCAACUAAGAGUGAUCCUUUAAAUAAGAACUGGCCUGAAGCUUUCAAAAAGCCAAAAAAAUUAAAACUAAAACAAGGAGAAUCAAGAGUGUUGCAAUCAGGAAAAGUAACAGCGACUUUGUGGCACGAUAAAAGAGAUGUGCUUAUGCUGUCAACUAAUUCAAAUCCUCUGGAAAAAAUUGAGAUUGAAAGAAGAGAAAAAAAAAAAAUUGAUUUUGAAAUU